CAGACACGACGAGAUCAUCAGUCUGCUGAAGAACGUCGGGGAGCGAGUCGUACUGGAGGUCGAGUACGAGCUACCCCCGGUCUCGGUGCAGGGGUCAGGGGUCAUGUUCAAGAACAUAGAAGUCACGCUUCACAAAGACGGAAACAGCUUCGGCUUCGUCAUCAGAGGUGGAGCUCAUGAAGACAGGAACAAGUCACGCCCGAUCGUUAUAACAACCGUCAGGCCCGGCGGUCCGGCUGACAGAGAAGGAACCGUAAAGCCGGGCGACCGGUUGCUAAGCAUCGACGGGAUUCGUCUCCACGGCAGCACGCUAUCGGAGGCCAUGAGCAUCCUGAAGCAGUGUGGACAGGAAGCCACGCUGCUGCUGGAGUACGACGUCUCGGUGAUGGAUUCGGUUGCCACAGCGUCGGGGCCGCUGCUGGUGGAGGUUGCGAAGGCGACGGGCUCCAGUCUGGGCGUGGCUCUGUCCACCUCCAUGUUCUGCAGCAAGCAGGUCAUCGUCAUCGACAAGGUGAAACCAGCCAGCAUAGCAGACAGAUGUGGCGCUCUUCAUGCAGGAGAUCACAUUCUGUCUGUUGACGGGAAGUCGAUGGAGUUUUGUUCUCUGGCUGAAGCCACUCAGCUGCUUUCUGCCUCCUGUCAGACUGUCCGCAUGGAGAUCCUGCCUCAGCACCAGGCCCGACCGGCCCUGAACGCACCACAACAUGUCAAGGUGCAGCGUAGUCCCCGCACCCUGCCCUGGGAGACCGGAGGCUCCACCCCCAUCCUCCCCCCCUACCACUACAACACGUACCACCCCGACCAAUCAGCUGCUAGAUCGCACAACCGCCAUACAAACAACCCUUCUCUCAGCCACUCGUUCUCUCCUGGCUCCAUGUCGGCCUAUAGUCUCUCAUCCCUCAACAUGAGCACGCUGCCCCGGAACAUGUAUCCCACGAGUCCACGGGGCACGCUGAUGAGGAGGAAGGCCAAGAAGAAGGACUUCAAGAGCUCCUUGUCUCUUGCCUCCAGCACCGUCGGUCUCGCCGGUCAGGUCGUUCACACGGAGACCACGGAGGUGAUGUUGCUAGGCGACGGCGUGAUGGGCUUCGGCCUCCAGCUUCAGGGCGGAGUCUUCGCCACGGAAACUCUCUCCUCACCGCCGCUCAUCGCCUACAUCGACCCCGACAGCCCCGCAGAAAGGUGUGGUAUCCUGCAGAUCGGUGACAGGAUUUUGUCCAUAAAUGGAGUUCCUACUGAAGACUCGACUCUGGAAGAAACCAAUCAGCUGCUCAGAGACUCGUCCAUCACGGCUCAGCUCACGCUGGAGAUCGAGUUUGACGUCGCCGAGUCGGUCAUUCCCAGUUCAGGAACGUUUCACGUGAAGCUCCCAAAGAAACCCGGAGUGGAGCUGGGAAUCACCAUCAGCUCUCCGUCCAACAGGAAACCAGGUGAUCCUCUGAUCAUCUCUGACAUCAAGAAAGGCAGCGUAGCACACAGGACGGGGACUCUGGAGCUCGGAGACAAGCUGCUGGCCAUCGAUAACAUCCGGGUGGAGAACUGCUCCAUGGAGGAGGCCGUUGAGAUCCUGCAGCAGUGUGAAGAACUCGUCAAGCUGAAGAUACGAAAAGACGAAGACAACUCGGACGAACAGGAAGUGUCCGGUAACAUCAUCUACACGGUGGAGCUGCAGCGGUAUGGAGGCCCGCUGGGAAUCACCAUCUCCGGCACCGAGGAGCCGUUCGACCCCAUCAUCAUCUCCUCGCUGAGCAAAGGAGGGCUGGCCGAGAGGACCGGUGCGAUCCAUGUCGGCGAUCGUAUUCUGGCGAUCAACAGCAGCAGCCUGAAGGGGAAACCUCUGAGUGAAGCCAUCAGUCUGCUGCAGCAAGCAGGAGAGACGGUCACACUGAAGAUCAAGAAGCAGGGAGACUUGUCGAGCCCAAAGACUUGCAUGAUUGGUCCAGGCCUGGGGAUGGGGGCGGGGCUUGUCCACGAGCACCAGGACGGGGUGGACGAGCCCGUCGUCAUGGUGGCGCCGCUGUCGAGCCAGCGAGCGUUCAGCACGCUGCCGUCUGUGGACAGCGCCGUGGAGUCCUGGGACGGGUCCAACAUGGACGGCAGCUUCACCACGACGGCGCCGCCAUUUCAGUCGUCUCCGUAUAGUUUCCACGAGUGGCGCAACGCCAAGACGACCAACAGCCAAUCAUCUUCCUCCGCUCGCCAGAGAGCCAAUCCGCUGUCAGAUCUGGGCCUGAGCGACGAUGACUGGGACCGCCCACCACUCAGAGGGUUCACUGUGGGACACGAUGGAACAGAACCGGACCAGGAGGAGAACUUCUGGUCUCAGGCUCUGGAGGAUCUGGAGACCUGCGGCCAGAGUGGCAUCCUACGAGAGCUGGAGGAGGACGGAAAGGAAGCGCAUCUCCUCACUCUGGCGACCAUCAUGUCCGGCUCCAGCCUCAGUCUGAACCAUGACCCCACCCCCCUGCGCAGCACUCUGGGACGCCAGGCGAGCUUCCAGGAACGCAGCAACUCCAAACCACAGGUGUCCAAUCGGUCCAACACCUUGCCCUCUGACCCCCAGCGCCGGGCCUUUGCCAUGAGGAAGAUGAGGCAGGAAGUCAAUGAGAUCCUGAACCACAACCCUGUGGAACUCCACAAGCUGACUCUGGAGAAGCUCUCGGAUCUGGAGGACUUUGGGUUCAGUGUUUCUGACGGUAUGUUGGACCGUGGCGUCUACGUUAACAACAUCCGACCGGGGGGCCCGGCAGAGCAGGGUGGCCUCCAGGCCUAUGACCGAAUACUACAGAUUAACCACGUCCGGACCCGGGACUUCGACUGCUGCCUCGUGGUUCCGCUGAUCGCCGAGUCUCCGAACCACCUGGAGCUCGUCAUCAGCCGAAACCCCGCCUCCUCCUCGCUGCUGGCCAACCACACCGACAGCAUCACCAACAGCGGCCACUCCCCUCAGCCAAUCGGCGGCGAUCUGGGACCUUCGGAGUUCUCGAUUGGCCCGGGAGAGGACGGCUGUCCGAUCAAGUGGAGCCAACCGGGAGACGGGCUGGGGGCGGGGUUUGGGAUGAGUCAGGUGAAUAAUAAAUCCGUAUAGCAGACAAAACUGGAUGAAACUGGAUUAAACCGGUUCCAACCAGAUUGGACUGGAGAACGGUAAUAAAGAACUAAUGGAGAACUAAUAAAACUGGUUUAGAUCCGUCCAAACCCCCCAUGGUGCUACACACACCCUCUGGAUGAUCUUUGACCACUAAAGUUUGAUCUUUGAACUGCUAAAGCAGCCUGAAAGCACACUGAUGGACCGGAGCAACACCUCACCUUUUCACUUGAACCAGUUCUGCAUACUGGUCCUACUGGUGUCACUGGAACCAGAACUAUAACUACUGAUCCUACUGGAACCCCAGCAAGAGCUACUGGUCUAACUGGUUACUGGGUACUGGUUCUACUAGCCCAGAGCCAUGGCUACUGAUUCUAUUGAAGGCGGAGCCACAGCCGAUGGGUAUACUGGUUUAAGAUUAAUGGGCUCUGGUCUUAGUGGUUACAGAACCAUGGCCCUACUGAGACCACAGCAAAAAUUGGUUCUGGUCUGAGUCGUGACAGAAUCAUGGGUACUGGUCCAACAGAAGCCACGGCCAACAUUGGCUCAACAUUUGGUUCUUCUUGGUACAAAUCCAGAACCAUGACCACUGUCCUCUACGAGUCCAGAACUGGGACUCCUGGUCCAUCUUACUCCGUGUCACUAGAAUCAGAACCAUGGCUUCUGGUUGCACUGGCCAAGGACCACAGCAGCACAAAGACUGAUGGGACUCCAGAAUCUAGAACCUGCUGAUGGACAAACGGGUUGCCAAGGAGACUAGGGAUGCUCCGAUCAAAAUAUCUAGUGUCAUUGAUACUGAUCACUGGUUUCUGUUCUUAAACAUUGAUUUCUGUCAAAGUCUUAUUUGGGUUCUUCAAGUUAUGGGUAGAAGUACCUUCAUUGGCUCAGACGUUUGGGUUUAGUUUGAAGAUAAUUUAGUAAAUUAUGGUCUAUUUAGAGUCAAACAGACCAUAAAGCAGGGUAUGCUUUAGGGCGGGGCUACACA